UUCACGAAUCCACCGUUCGCUGAAUUUUUAAUAUCAAAUGUCACAUUCAUUUCGUUUCAACUUUUUCUACAGUUCUUAAAACUACUCGUAUUCGUGUGUUUCUAGUCUUCGAAUUCACAAAUAAACUGGCACAGACAAAGCUGGAUUUCUAAACGUGGCUAAAGAUGAAGAAGCCGAACCGAUUUUGCUACCAAUUGAAGAGGAUGGUAGUCUGUUGCUUUCUACACUGCAAUCGCAGUAUCCGGGUGCGACCGGAAUGAAGUAUAAAUGUCCGGAUACAAACUGUGACAUCGGCAUUCGACUGAAUGAGGGGCGAAUGUUUCCUACACCCGGAAAUAAUGGAUGGGGGUCAACAGUAUAUUUAUGCGUCAUCCCGAAAGAUAAUGAAUGCAGGCCAGUGGAAUCGAAUUCGGAAGCAUCAUGGUCACAUAUUUGGACUAAAAUCAAACAAAUCUGUCGCUAUCGAGGAUUACCGAGUAAAACACACAUCGACUAGAACAAUUCAAUGCUCCUCACCAACUACGGCUGCAUUUCGAAUGAGGGCAAAAAUCCGAUUUACAUUGAUGGUAUGCCGUUGCUCUCGGGUAGUUAAUUCGAAUAAAUAACAAUUGCAUUAUCGAGAUUGCCGGUCUACGAUUCAUUUUUCUUACCAAUAAUGAGCUCAUUGAAGCGAUUGGUCUGAACUGGACGCUUAAUUAGAUCAUGUGUGCUAGAUGAAAUAUUUUGUGUAUUUACGAUGUUCCAAUUAAUCGUAGUGUCACUGACUUAACGAAAAGAAAGGGACAACAAGAACACAGCACUUAUGUCGCCGAUAUUUGUUGCAUAACUGACUAUGAGUAGUACCAGAAUGAUUUGAGCUGGUAAAACGGCGAAUCACACGGUUGCUACAUGACAUUCGUCGACGCACAUGCCAGAGUGAUCAAAAUUGGGAAGAGUUUAAACAAAGCUUUGCUUUAACUCAUUGCGCAGAAAUGGGCCAAAUUUGACCCAUUUUCUAAAAUAAUAUUAAUGUGUCCCAAAUAUCUCGGAUAUUGAGCCUCUACUCAAUACAUGGCUUAGAGAUUUGAUAAUACUAUUGGAAAUAUACCCGAUGGGUGUUCUGAAAUGGUACAAUAUACGUUUUUGCGAGCAAAUGUAAAAAAAAAAUCAGAUUCAUCAACUUUGUUAUUCUGAAGGUACGCGAAGUCAUAAUAUAGUUUUUGUGUAAGAUCUAUCGAUCUGGGGCGAUAUUGAGAUCAAUAGGCCUAUGCUCUUGAACAGCUUCUUCAAAUAUUGAUUAUUUUUUGCAUCUGUACUUGCCGUGCUGCAAUACAACACAAAUACUAGCAUUUUAUUAUGAAUAACAGAACUAAUGUGGCUCAGCAAGUUAUAGUAGCAUGAAUCUCAGUAGCUUUGAUUUUUAAAUGUAAUGAUAUGUCACGACCAUUCCUUAUUUCGUGUUGGCAAAGCGUUUGGAAAUCACCAAUAAAAAAAUUUAGCCUGUAAAGCUUGUGUAUAUAAAUUUCUAAAUUUAUCUUUUUUCGUAAAAUUUACAAAUUCGCCGUGAUGGCUCCUCGUAGCAAAAGGUUAGUGACAAAAGUUAUUGAUUCGAAACAAUACAACGAAUCAACGAAUUUUUUCUGUUGCGUACCAGGACCGAAAAAGUUGCUCCAGAAGAUUUUUGUAAUCUAUUGGUAGAAUCAGAAUUGGAAGAUAGCGAUGACGAUGAGGCAGAAUGCACGUUCGAGCAACAGAGCCGACGUAUUAGAAUCGGCAGCCAAGUAUUGACACUGGACGAGGAGCAAUUUGUUGAGGACGAUAGCGAUGAAGAUGAUUUUGAAGGAUGGUCAAGUUUGGAUCUAUUGACAAACGUGAAUGCUGCUGUUACGAAAACUGGUAUCGAUCAAUGGAAGUGGACUCCCAAGGACAAAGUAAAAUGGGGUAAAGGAAUCGUCAACAAACACAAUUUCGAAUAUCAACAGACGGAUGACGACGAUGCAGACGAAGAGUAUUGGUCACCUCUUGAAUAUUUUUCGAAAUAUAUUCCAGAGUCAAUCUUUGACGAUAUGGUGACAUACACGAACUUAUACGCAGAGCAGCAAGACGCUAAAAAAUGGAGACCCACGGAUAAGGCGGAAAUGAAAAUUUUUAUCGGACUUCAAAUUAUGAUGGGCAAUUUGAAGUUGCCGCGGAUCGAACUGUAUUACAGCAAGGAAUUGGAUUUGAAAAUGUUUACAGACAGCAUUCCAAUCUAUCGCUUCUAUUUGUUGCGAACUAACUUCCAUCUGAUCGAUGUCACGACCAUUCCGAAUAACUCGUCCGACAAAUUUAUCAGAGUUCGCCCAUUGAUGGAUUCGGUGCGACGACGAUGUCUCCAACUGCCACUCGAAGAAUAUUUAUCAAUCGACGAACAAAUGAUACCAAUGAGAGGCAGAGCUACGAAAGGAGUGAAGCAGUUUGUGAAAAAUAAACCAAAGAUCCGAUGGGGCAUCAAAAAUUUGGUUUUGUGUGGUAAAAGUGGCCUGGCCUACGACUUUAUUUGUUACCAAGGCUCAACCACGGAAUUUGAUCAGAAAAUGCUAUCAACAUUUGGGUCAGGUGCUACCAUGGUGCUGCAUUUGGCGAACAGAAUUGAAGGAGUUGGCCACAAACUGUUCUUUGACAAUUAUUUUUCCACCUUCCCACUUUUCCAAAUCCUGGCUCAAAAAAAAAUUUACGCUACCGGUACAAUUCGAUUAGACCGUUUUUCGAAGCCGCCAUUUUCUACGGAUUCUGAAAUGAAGAAGAUAGGACGAGGAUGCUCUGAAGAGGUCGUCUGCUCGGAUCGAUCUGUCGUUUGUGUAAAAUGGUACGAUAACAAAUGUGUGGCUUUGGCGUCGAAUUACGUUGGGGUUGGAACACCUGACAAAGCUUAUCGAUUCGAUAAGAAUUCCAAUCAAAAGAUAAGUAUUGAUCGUCCGGAGAUCGUUCAAAAGUACAACAUGAAUAUGGGCGGAGUGGAUCUAAUGAACCAAAUGAUCAGCUACUAUCGUAUUUUCAUUCGAUCGAAAAAAUGGACUUUGAGAAUGGUCUCCCAUUUUAUCGAUUUUUCUAUCGUGCAGUCCUGGAUUGAAUAUAAAAUUCACUGCAAACGGGCUGAAGUACCACAACGACAAAUUAUGGACCUCUUGGCAUUCAGAAUGAAAUUGGCGAAACAACUUAUAUACUUCGAACAAACCGGCAAACGAAAUGCUCGAAUCACACUCGAAGAUGUUCGAACGAAGCACCAACGAAACGACAAAUCACGAGAAUGCCGUACCGAUAAAGACAUUCGAUACGAUGGAAGCUAUCAUCUGCCAAAGUAUUCUGAGAAUCGCCUGCGAUGUAAGCUCGAAUCAUGUAACUCGAAAUCUCAGAUCUACUGUACAAAGUGUAAUGUUCAUCUUUGCGUGAACAAAAGCAACGAUUGCUUCUAUGAGUAUCAUCGGAAACCUUGAGAAUUAUGUUCAUUUCUUACUGGCUUCAAUUUAAAUUUUUGUUUUUCUUCUCAUUUUUAAUAAUAUUUUUAAAACUUGAACUUCUGUGGUGAGUGGAACAAGUAUGAUAUGAAUUUUAUGUAAUAAAGUUCCUCUUGUCUAAAUAAAAAAAAAUAUUUUUCUCAAUCGGUGGAACUUGCGUCACAUCUCUUAUGAUCAUUGGGCCAAACUUUCAGAUUUAUUUAUUUAUUCAUCAGAGAACAACAUUGAAUUGUUCGCCCCUUGCUCACUGUUCAAAUUUUAGAUAUCUUUUAUUAUCGUUGCCUUGCUUUCGUUCGUUCGUAAAAAAAAAAUGUUGUCAAACAAUCUGCUCUCGGACUAUCACAAUAGGUAGAAAUGUUUAGAUGAAUAACAGAACAACAUUCGAUUUUUUGUUCUCAUAUUGUAUUAGUAGCGUACAUGGGAUGCUGCGAAAAUAACUCAUUGCGUAUGAGGUAAAAAUUUUGUCACUAAAGCAAACUCGCAAGUUGCUUUUAGCAACAAGUUUCUGUAAUGAUCUUUUCUAUAAA